AUGCCGACACCGCACGAGGACACCUUCACGACCCAGACUCCUCCACCAGAGCUUCCCUCCUCGCGCGCAAGCUUCACAUCAUGUCCGCCGGAAGAGGAGCGAGAGACACAUGCGCCGCGCGAGCCCAGGGAAGAUAGCGCGCAGCCGGCCGCAACCACCGUACCAGAGCCCAUGCGCCGCGAUGAGCACGUGUCCGAACAGAUCGCGACCCCGGAGUCGGAUGUGCAGCCUGGAACACAGACUGAGGGUGAUAAGGCGGAGCAUGUUGAGGACGCCGGGGUCGUAGUGGCAGGGGAGGCACCGCCGAGUCCAGUGAGCUCACCCAGAGAGAUUGGGAGCGAUAGCGAUGUGAAGGCGGCGCAGGCUUUGGUGACCACAGAGACAAGCGCAAAGUCGCGGCGGAAAGAAGAGGAGGAUGACCGGGCGCCUUUGUACCUCUACUACCCGCCAGUCGAGCGGAACAGGCUGAAGACACAUUCUACGACUUCCUUUCUGCGAUCCGGCAGCAAGUUCCGGGGCACACAAACAUCAGACCGGCAGGUGUAUGAGGUACAAGUCGAGAUUAAGGAUGUCGAUCUCGCCGAGUCGUUCUUGUGCGGCUACCUUCGAAUACAAGGCCUAACCGACGACCACCCCACUCUCACAACCUUCUUCUCCGGCGAAAUCAUCGGCCCCAAAUACCUCUUCCGCACCGAACACGCCUCAUGGAACUCGUCCGAGAAAAUCGAUCUGCAACACUGGGCGCGCUUCCCGGCUUUCAAACCCAUGGUCAAAGCCGCCAAGGCUUCGUCCAACUACACGCUUAAGAACCACUUGGACCGCGAGCACCUGUUCAUGCGCUGGAAGGAGUACUUCCUCGUGCCGGACCAUCGGGUGAAGAGCAUUAGUGGUGCGAGCUUUGAGGGGUUUUAUUAUAUCUGUUUCGAUCAGACGAAAGGGACGGUGAGUGGGAUUUACUUCCAUGCGAAGAGUGAGAAGUAUCAGCAGUUGGAGUUGAGGCAUGUGGAUGAUGGGGGGAGGAUGGGGGCUGUGGAGUUUCGGUGA